UUUCACGUGCACAAGUGUAUUUUAUAUUGGAGAUUGCCGGAGUGAUUGGAGCCCUGAAACACGCUGCGUGGGAUGGAUGUUCGGUGCUGGUUCGGCCCUGCUGAUGAGGAUGGAGUUCCCUGUGGACGUCUUGGGAUCAGUGAGACAUGAGGAGGAGGAGCAGGCAGCAGAGGGCUACAUGACCCAGCUACGAUACAUCAUCCCCGACAAGGCCGAGAGCUUUACCCUGCCCAGCCACAGAAUGAUCUGUAUCAGUCUGUGUAACGUUGGUUUAGUUCCCAUCUAUGGAGGAGACCUGAAGCAUAAGAUUCUGGCCCUGUUCGCCCCAGAGGACCAGCUCACAGCGGUAGCUUUGUUUCUGGCGGGUCAGUGGUGGUCUGUCGAGGACAUCCUCAGAACCUCCGACCCCUCCAGAACUGGCCUCCUCAAGGUGAGGAGUCUUGGUGAGCGGAUCGUCCUGUACAUUCUGAACCGUAUCGUGUACCGCGUGGGUGAGAUAGACAAACCUGAGGUGCCCUUCCUGUGCCACGGACAGAACCACUUCGCCAAGCUCCUUUGGAAGGAUGGACACGCUGUCGGUUUCUACUCUGUCAAAACCAAAGACAGCUUGUGUAAUGGCUUUGUAACCCAACGCUACCAGCUGCCUGUUAUGGACUCCAUCUUUGUCAGGAAGUGUCAUCGUGGAAACCGUCAUGGUCUGCAGAUGCUGGAGGACUUUGUGGACUCUUUCAAAGAUGACCAACUCGGCCUGAAGUACCCUCUCUCUCUAACCAUGUAUAAAGUGUGUGGCCAGUAUCUGUGUCGGUACCCAGCUGACCAGGACCUGCUGUGGGUGGUAGAGGGAGUGGGAGGACCCUACCAGAGAGAGAGAGUGGCCAACAAGAUCAAAACACUGAAGGUGGUGCUUCCCGCGGUCACUGCUAAUGGAGAUCACCAAGCAGCCUCUCUGGACAGCACAGACAUCAACAUGGAAGAGGGCUCAGACAACUGUCUGGACAUCACCGAGGGUGUUUUGGUGCUGAAUAAGCCCCUCAAGUUAAUAGAAGCCCUGGAGGGCACACCAGUGUCAACACAUACCUGGACAAGUGGACCUAAAAAGCGUGGCAGAGAAGAGAUGGAAGACUCUGAGGAGGAGAGCCAGCCUCUGAAGAUGAACAGAUUGGAGGCGGCAGAGCCCACCACUACAGCUGUGGAGGAGGAGGAGGAGGAGGAGGCAGAGCCCACCACUACAGCUCUGGAGGAGGAGGAGGAGGAGGAGGCAGAGCCCACCACUACAUCUGUAGAGGAGGAGGAGGAGGAGGCAGAGCCCACCACUACAGCUCUGGAGGAGGAGGAGGAGGCAGAGCCCACCACUACAGCUCUGGAGGAGGAGGAGGCAGAGCCCACCACUACAUCUGUAGAGGGGAAGGAGGAGGAAGGAAGCGGGGGGGAUGAGACAGAGACUGGAGAAGCAGAGGCUGCUCUGUCCCCUAUAGAGGAGGCCAAAGCUCAGGAGGCUGAGGUCAAAGGAGAACUGACUGAUGACCAGGGAGAGGAGGAAGAGGUUGCCACACAGGAGCCUGAUGCUGUGCUGGAGAACAGAACGACAGAGGAAAUGGAAGAGCAGGAUACAAAGGAGGAAGAUUACAUUGAGGCUAAAGACACCGUAGAUACAGCUCCUGUGGCAUCAGAGGAAUUGGCUGAGACCGAAGCUAUGGUGGAGAAGGAGGCUCCUCUCCUGUUAGAAGAACCAGCCUCUGCUACAGAGAAGUCCCCUCCGCCUGCAGAGCCAGCCCCAGCAGAGCCCUCCCUCUCUGGGGAGGUGAUUGAGGAGGCAGGCGAGGCCGCAGCUACACCCAUGGAAGGAGAGGAGGUAGAGGGAGAAAAGGAGGGGGCGGAGAAAGCAGUGAAGGAAGAGGAGAAAUCCAUGGAGGCGGCCAUCACAGUGGACAGCAGUAGCCAGGAAACAGUGGUCCAGAUAGGGGUAGCAGACCUGUCCUACCAGCCUCCGGAGGAAGGAGAGAACCAGCCUCUCAAAGAGGAAGAGGCAAAAGAAGAGGUCAAAGGGGAUGAAAAGAAAGAGGUAGAAGAGAUGGAGAACGUUACAACCACAGAGGAUGAGAAAGAGGAGGGAGAGAGUGAGAGCUCAGACGAUGGUGGCGACGGUAAGGUCCUUUGGAGGAGAGGCAGUGGCCAAGCGGCGGUGCCUAAACAUAAAUCUAAGAGACUGAGCAGAGUGGUCAUGGAGCCCGAGGAGCAGGGCACAGAGCAGCCGGAGGUCACGGAGGAAGAGGAGGAGGAGGAAGCUAGAACGACAGAGGAGGAAGAGGGGGCUGUAAAGAAGAGCUUGGCUGAGGAAGAGGUGGAGGAAGAGGAGCAUCCACCAGUGAUUGACCAGAGAGCAUUGAGGAGGAAGAGCCGACAGGUCCAGGCUCCAAAGAAAGCCAAAGGGAAACGACGCAGCAAGAUCUAAACACAGCAGAUGUUGCAUAUAUAAAAACGCACACAAAACACAUAUUUAGAGGUGUGCAGUAAGGGAUGUUUUCUACCUGGUUUUAGGGUUUGUAAGGCAUCUAAAGUUAACAUGUAUUAUCUCUGUACAAUGUUGUUUAGAUUUUUACUUUAGGUCGUUUUAUGAAAGGUUUAAGUACAUGAAUACUCAAUACUCUGUUGCAAUAAGUCAAUGUGAAGUCUUUUUAAGGUUCAGAAUUGAUUUUAUUCUUGUUUUUAUUGCCUUGCUCUUUCGGUACUGACUGAGAUUGAGUUUCACAGGCCUGAUGUGGUAGUUUGAAGAUGAAUGAUUUUAAUUAUUUAGCUCAGUAAAAAAAAAAUCCAAUA